AAGGAAAAAGAAAAGGAAAAAGAAAAGGAAAAAGGAAAGGACAAAGCAGAGACAGCAAAUCAAAAUCAAAAUGUCUCAGUACCUCCUCGACAGCAAACAGCUGCAACAAAAUUUUUACCAAAUUAUGUUCCUAUCAGACCUGCCCCACCCAAGGAAAUAGUACAUACCUUCACUUCAACACAGACAGGAACUUUGUCACUAACUCUACAAAGAACUAAACAACCAGAUGUUACUAUUUCUCCAGUAGCUUCUAUUGGAAAGUCACCCCCUCCAAUUUAUAAGACAUUGAAGCCACCAGUUGGCAGUGGAGAGCCAUAUUUACCAGAACGUGUUACUGUGAUGUCUUCUCCACCAUCUCUUCCGGUUCAGCAGCCAGUGCCUAGUCUUGAGCUGGAAACACAAACUCCACAUGUUAUGUCUCCAGUCAACAGCAGGCCAAGUACCACACCCACUGUUCCACAGCUACCCCCCAGGCAGACAUCCUUACCUCAGCCUGGACCAUCCUCUCUUGGUGAAAAAGAAUCAAUCAAGAAAGAAAUAAAGAGUUCACCAACAGGUCCUCCUAAGUUUGAGGUUGGGACACGUGUCAUAGGUCAAAGGGCUGAUGAACUAUGGUAUCCAGGUGUGAUAGAGAAGAUUUUGACAGACAAACACAAUCAGACCAAAUACAAGGUGAAGUUUGACAAAGGUACUAGGGGUCUGCUGUCAUCCAAUCAUAUAUCUUUGGAGUCAAAUCCCAACCCAUCAGUGCUAAAUGUUGGUAGUCGUGUUGUAGCAUUGAGGCCUCGGGAUACAGCAGAAGAGAAUGCGUCUUGGCGGAAACCUUCUACAGGAAUAUAUGGAAAGUUAGAUGUACUGUAUGCUGGCAUUGUGGCAGAGAAUGCGUGUGGUGAAAACAAAAACAGAUAUUUGGUCUUUUUUGAUGAUGGUUUUGCUCAAUACCUACCUGUCAAAAAGCUCCAUCAUGUCUAUCAUACAGGCAAGAAAGUGUGGGACGAGGUAGCUGAACAUUCCAAGGAGUUCAUUCAAGAAUAUCUAGAAGAAUUUCCUAAUCGACCAAUGGUAAAACUUAAAGUGCACCAGUGGGUUAAAACUGAAUGGAGAGGCCAGUGGUUGAAAGCCAAAGUGAUGCAGCUAGAUUCUAGUUUGGUCAAGAUGCUGUUUCAGAUUGAUAAUCGGUCUGAGUGGCUCUAUAGAGGAUCAACGAGAUUAGAACCCUUAUACAGUGCCUUGGUUGAUGGGAAGAUUUCCACUGCGAGGAAAAAGAGAUCUCGUAAACUGACGCGAGGCGCAUCAUCAGGAAAACCUCAAGAACCGUUCAUCGACUAUAGUAUCACUAAACCUUGUUUUGGUAUUUCACCCUACAGCAAAAGUGAUCCUCUGGGUGAACAACAACGAAAACUGGAGGAAAAACGACAACAGACACAGCUUGAGCAACAAAGACAGCAAGAGCAACAAGAGCAAUUGAGACAAGAUAAUAACAGUUUCAUCACAACAUCUGCUGGAAAAGUUCCGUCCAGUAGUAAUGGUGGACCAACCUCAACUGUAACAACAGCUUCAAACACAGGGGCUGGCAAGAGUUCGUCAAGCGAUUCAGGCUUUGUGUCUUCCAACAAGGGUACAAGUAAAUCGUCUUUGUCGGGAACGGAAACUUCGUCUGGACUAAUUGGAAAACAGAAGAAGGACUUUGCAGGUGGCUCUGGAACUGAGGCAUCAGGAUCGCUACAAAUAAACUCCGCAAAUCUUGUCCCAGGUAGUGGUUGUAUUGGUGGCGGUCAUUGUGUGACAUCCCCAGGAUCUGGACGAAGUGAUGAUUUCAGUGCUUCAUCAGUCACUCAAACAAGUGUUGUAAGGAAAAAAACUAGCGGUGGACUAGUCUCUACAAGAGAUCUUGCACAAAGAUCAAAUGGCAUUCAAGUGAUUGACUUAGAUGGAGAUGGAACAACGGCCAUGCUUCGUGAUCCUAUGGAUUCCAGUCAGAUGAUGAGUCCUAAGUACCUAGUUCCUUAUAGCGUGGAUGGGUCAAAUCUGGACGAACUUUACAAUUCCCAGACCUGGGAGGCGCCCUGGCUACGAGCCAAAAACCGUGACGUCAGAAGCGUAGACUACAAUCGAGUCCCAGCCUUCCAAAUCCCCACAAACGACCGACGUAAACAGGACGCUGCAACGCUGAUCGCAGAGAGACUGAAACAGCAUGAACCAGAGAACAGGCCUGUGGGACAGGGUGCUCUUGCUGGGCUCCCUGUUCCUAGAAAGCAAGCGCCUAAAGGACCUCACAAAUGCAGCAAGCCUUGUAAUUUGUCGCUGCAUCUUGAACCAUGCGAAAUAAUAAAACACAAUCCAAGAGCCGUCCCUCUCUUAUUGAGAUGGAAAAGAGAAAUAGCCCAGCGUCACCCGGGAAACAAGAGAACUGUUUACUACCGCACUCCGUGUAACAAGCGACUGAGAUCAAUGGCGGAGGUGGCAAAUUACCUGACGAUUACAGAAGCCACCAACGUAUCGAUUGACCAGUUUACUUUUGAUCCAGACAUGUCUUGUCAAGACACUGUAUUUCGUGAUGUGAGAGAGUUCUUGUAA